CGCAAGUCAGCUCUAACCCUUCUCAACAUCGACCAAUAUGCCGGGUGUACGUGAUAUCAGCGCCGAGGCGUUCAUCAAAGCCUACUCAUCUCAUUUGAAGCGAUCCGGUAAACUCGAAAUCCCCACAUGGGUCGAUAUCGUGAAGACCGGUCAUCACAAGGAGUUAGCGCCAUAUGACCCCGAUUGGUUCUACGUCAGAGCCGCUGCUAUCGCUCGUCACAUCUACCUCCGAAAGUCCGUUGGUGUCGGUGCCCUCGCCAAGCUGCACGGCAGCGCUUACCGCCGCGGCACCCGACCUUCGCACCACUCCAACGCGGCGACAGGUGUUCAACGGAAUGUCGUGCAGGCUUUAGAGAAGAUUGGUGUGCUCGAGAUAGCUCCUAACGGUGGCCGAAAGAUUAGCCAGGAUGGCAUGCGUGAUCUUGACCGUAUUGCGACCGCUGUGCUGGAGCAGGAGCGUGAGGAAGAAGAAGAGGAAGAAGAGGAGGAGGAGGAGGAAGCUGAGGAGGAGAACGAGGAUGACGAGUAGUUGUUCGCCAUUAGUCUGAUUACGAGACAAUUCGCAUUUUCGAACCGUAA